UUUGCACUUCAAGCUCAAAGUAUACUGGAGACUAUCUGUAUUGUACAGUAGAUCAGGACCAGGCUGUGUGUGCAGCUCACAUUAACCAUUAAUGCCAUUCAUGCUAGAAUGCUAGCUGUUUGUUUUCUUUUCUAUUACCUUUUUCUUACCUCUCCCAGUGCAUAGUCUGAUGUGGCAGUGCCUCAGGGUGUUCUAGGCGUGUUUGGGUGGAUGAAAAUGCUGCCAUGUCACAUACGCAGGCCUUGCUGAGUGAGUGAAUAGGAGUGACACUCCUGCUGUUUGUCUGGUUAAUUGUGCAUGGUCCACAUGGACAUGACAGCAUCAUCACUUCUUGAGGACUCAUGGAUACAUGUUAGGUGGUUCGUGCAUGCUGCUUUCCAGCGCAGGUUAAUCUGAUGUUGGUCGGGUAAUGACAUAGAAAGCCAUUCCUGAACUGAGAGCCAGAGGAGGCCAGGCUGGACUGAUGACGAGCAUGACUUUGAGCCAAUCCGCAGAUGCAUGCACGCUCACAGAGUCCACCUGAGCGCCAGCCUCCCUCCCUGCUUCCUGGCUUUGAAUCAGCCUGUCGGAGGGCUAGUGGAGGCGGGGCUUAGUUGGACCCCGCCCCGUGCUGACCCUCUGAGUGAGACUGGCGCCCCCCAAUGGAUCAGGGUGGUAGCGAGCAACCUGGCGUGGAGGAGCCAGACUCUGGGGGUCGAGCGGAGCCGGAGGUGAGCAGGAGGGCUUCAGAGCCUGAGCACGGCCUGUCCAAAAUUACCCACAAUGCCUUGGAGAACAUGGGCGCGCUGGGCCAAGGCCUGAAGCAGCUCUUCCAGCCUCAGCGGCGACGCUCGUCCGUCUCGCCACACGAUGCCGCUGCCUCCGCCUCCUCCUACGCCGCAGGGGGCCCCACACCUGAGGCCACAGAGGCGGGGCCAGAGUUGGGCGGGGAAGCGCCCACCCCCAGCGCCGCCCCCUCCGACUCUGACCCCCACGCUUCCGCCCCUCCUGCAGCUCUGAGCCGCGUGCUGCAGCAGAUCCGAGGUGCCCCCCCCAUGAUGAAGAGAGGGACCAGCCUGCAGAGUCGCCGCAGCAAGGCCGGGGGGGGCGGGGAGGCCCCCCAGAAAGGCAGCCCGCAGAUCCACAGGCGCAGCACCCAGGAGGUCUUGCUGCAGGCCGGACGCCCUCGCUCGUCCUCCACCACGGACACACCCAGCAGUCCUGCUCUGGCCGACAUGCUGCUGAUCGCCGGGUACCAGUCCACUGAGGAAGCGGAGCGGGUGGAUCGUCUGGAGGUUUAUGCCCCAGCCAUCUCGCCCAACGCUUUAUCCAGCAGUUCAGAUGGCGGCCCGUACGGCAUGGACUCGGUGGACGGCACGCCGGAUCCUCAACGGACCAAGCAGGCCAUCGCUCAGCUUCAGCAGAAGAUUCUUAAGCUUACGGAACAGAUCAAGAUCGAGCAGACCGCCCGCGAUGACAACGUGGCAGAAUACCUAAAGCUGGCCAACAACGCAGACAAGCAGCAGAGCGCACGCAUCAAGCAGGUGUUUGAGAAGAAGAACCAGAAAUCAGCUCAGACCAUCCAGCAGCUGCAGAGGAAGCUGGAGCACUAUCACCGCAAACUUAGGGAGGUGGAGCAUAACGGGAUACCAAGGCAGCCCAAAGAUGUACUACGGGACAUGCACCAGGGUUUGAAGGACGUGGGUGCCAAGGUGACCGGUGGCCUUUCCACCAUCUCCCAGGCCACUCACACAGCAGCGGGCGCUGUAGUUUCCAAGCCUCGUGAGUUCGCCUCGCUCAUCCGGAACAAAUUCGGCAGUGCGGACAACAUCUCUGCCUUGAAGGACUCACUGGACGAGACUCAGGGUGAUGAGACCAUAUCUGGGCCUGGUCCAUCAGGAGCUAGGGUCUUAGCAUCCGGGCAGCUACAGUCCAGUCCCAAGUACGGCAGUGAGGACGACUGCUCCAGCGCCACAUCAGGCUCAGCAGGGGCCAACAGCACCACAGGGGUCCCCGGAGGCCCCCCUAGCUCCAAAGGAAAUACGUUGGAGCACGGCCAAAGCUCAGGCUUCGAUGCACUGUUUCACGAAAUUCAAGAGCUGAGAGAGAACCAGAGCAGACUGGAUGAGUCGUUUGAAAGCUUGAAGACCCACUAUCAAAAAGACUACACCGUCAUCAUGCAGGUGCUGCAGGAAGAACGAUACAGGUGUGAACGUCUAGAAGAACAGUUGAAUGAUCUUACAGAACUCCAUCAGAAUGAAAUUUUAAACUUGAAGCAGGAGUUGGCCAGCAUGGAGGAAAAAAUUGCAUACCAAUCUUAUGAACGGGCAAGAGAUAUACAGGAAGCACUGGAGGCAUGCCAAACACGUAUCUCAAAGAUGGAGCUGCAGCAGCAGCAGCAGCAGGUGGUGCAGUUGGAGGGCUUGGAGAACGCCACAGCACGCACUUUACUCGGCAAGCUCAUCAACGUGCUGCUUGCCGUCAUGGCUGUCCUCCUGGUGUUCGUCUCCACCGUGGCGAACUGCGUGGUCCCGCUGAUGAAGACGCGCAGCCGCACGCUGUCCACCCUCCUCCUAGUCAUCUUCCUGGCAUUCCUGUGGCGAAACUGGGAGAUCUUGUCGCAGUAUCUGGACCGAUUCCUGCUGCACCCGAGAUGACCUGAAGGGGAGACUCUGGCUUGAUGAAUGAACAGAAGAACAGGGCACAAUGAAGGGGGCGGAGACUAGUGCACUGCCUCAGCGCUGCUUCUGAGCUCGGAGGGGUGGGGCUCAGUGGAGACCGAUGUGAAGGGAGAUUUCUUAAAUUUUUUGUUGCUCUAGUUUUUUUUAUUUUUUCCGUUAUUUUCUUACUCAACGAGUGAAUUUGUUUACAUUUGGUAAAAACCUGUUUUUUUCACCAAGGGAAGAAAAUUAAUACGAGUGUAUUUUUUUUUCUUAUUUCGUUUCUAUUCUUCUUUUCUAUUCCUCUUUUCUUUCCAUUUGUUGUUGAAAGUGAUGCAAGUUGUGUUGCUUGGUGUCCUUGUGAUUAUUGUUGGAAUAUACAUUUAUGCAAAUAACUGGGAUCUGAAUUUGCAACAGCGUAUUUACAUCGUACCGAGUGGUUUGAAUGCAAACGGGACAUUAUCAUAACGUCAUCAGCAUAUAACGUUCUUCACUGUCACCACUGGCCUAUUUCCUUCAUUUAAAAUCGACUCAUGCUUUAUUCUCUUCUUUCCUUAACGAUUUUUCCUUUCUUUCUCAUGACGCAUAUCUCCCACCUCUAUCUUUCACUUUCUGUCUCUCUCUUUCUCUCUCUCUCUCUCUCUCUCUUGCUCUUUCUCUGUUUCCGCACCUCUUCAUGCUCUUCGUGUCAUACGAUCCUUUGCUGCUGACAGGACUUCUGCAUAGUCAUCACUGGACGAACAACAAACAGAUCCAGAUCCACUGAACAGUUGAGUUCAGUUGGUGCACAACAUGGAAUCGGACGUGUGAUUAGAUGGGCCUUACUGGGCUGGGCUGCAGAAUGGGAUCCAGGCCGCCUCGCCUCCUCAUCUCCAGCCCUGCGUCCCGUGCCCAACCCCCCUUUGGCCUGCUCUGAUGGAGGCCCCGCCUCCCUUUCAUGAACUAAACGAACAUACUUGAAGAGCUAGAAAAGCUCAAAGACUCUCAGUGCUUCCGUACUGUUUCUUAUAGCGACAAUGAAAUAGUUCUUUUUAGUUUUUAUUUUUUAUUUUUUAAACUAAAUGAAUAAACGGGCUGUUUUAAAAGUGAA